GAAGCUCUCCUUUACUAUCAAAAUUAUAGUUAUCUCCCUUGGAAGAGUAUUUUACUAAAGGGAUCGUCUGCACAUGAAUAAUAGUUUGAAAUGGGCAAAAAAGACGAAGAAAGUGAAUACGAGAAGAAUUUAGAUCCAUGGUUCAAAGAGUUUCUUGCCAAGGCAAAAGAAGAGUUCACACAGAAAUGGGAUCAUCCAGGACAGAACACUGCAGGCCUGGAUGAUUUUGACAGAAUAAAGACCCUGGGUACUGGUUCCUUUGGGAGAGUAAUGUUGGUGCAACAUAAAGCAAAUAAAGAAUACUAUGCUAUGAAAAUAUUAGACAAACAAAAGGUGGUGAAGUUAAAACAAGUAGAACACACUCUGAAUGAGAAAAGAAUAUUGCAGGCCAUCACAUUUCCAUUUCUUGUUAGUUUAGAAUAUCACUUUAAG